GCGCCUUCUCCCGCUCCCGCGAGCAGCGGCGUGAGCUCGGGUCCUGUCCCGUCCCCGCGGGCUCCGGGAAAGCGACAGCCAAGUGCUUCGGGCUGGCAUGCAUCGGCGCUUGGGGGAGACUGUAGUGGGGCCGCGCGCGGCUGAUUCCGGGCCCCCUGCGCCUCCCUGACGAAGGGAAAAGCUCCGGAUUUGGGCUGAAACUCCGGGAGCGAUAAAGCCACGAAUCCUUCCAACCGCCAGGAGGACUGGGAAUACAUAAUUGGCUUUUGUGAUCAGAUCAACAAAGAGCUUGAAGGGCCACAGAUCGCCGUCCGACUGCUGGCCCAUAAGAUCCAGUCUCCACAGGAAUGGGAGGCAGUCCAGGCCCUGACGGUGCUGGAGGCCUGCAUGAAGAACUGUGGGAGGAGAUUUCAUAACGAAGUGGGAAAGUUCCGGUUUUUGAAUGAGUUGAUCAAAGUCGUCUCUCCAAAGUACCUGGGGGACAGGGUGUCUGAGAAAGUGAAGACCAAGGUUAUUGAGCUGCUUUAUAGCUGGACGUUGGCGCUGCCGGAAGAAUCCAAGAUCAAGGAUGCCUACCACAUGUUGAAGAGACAGGGCAUUGUGCAGUCGGACCCGCUGAUCCCUAUGGACAGGACACUGAUCCCCUCUCCGCCACCUCGUCCCAAAAACCCUGUUUUUGAUGAUGAGGAGAAGUCCAAGCUUUUAGCCAAGUUGUUGAAAAGCAAAAACCCAGAUGACCUGCAGGAGGCCAACAAGCUCAUCAAGUCCAUGGUGAAGGAAGAUGAGGCGCGGAUCCAGAAGGUGACCAAGCGUCUGCACACUUUAGAGGAGGUUAAUAACAACGUCAAGCUGCUCGGCGAGAUGCUGCUUCAUUACAGCAAAGAGGAUUCUUCAGAGGCAGAUAAAGAGCUCAUGAAGGAGCUGUUUGAUCGGUGUGAGAGCAAGAGGCGGACGUUAUUCAAACUAGCCAGCGAGACAGAGGACAACGACAGCAGUUUAGGGGACAUCCUGCAGGCCAGUGACAACCUCUCCCGGGUCAUCAACUCUUAUAAAACAGUCGUUGAAGGGCAGGUCAUCAAUGGUGAGGUGGUCACCUCAGCCAUUCCUGACUCUGAAGGAAACCACCGUUCCAGUAACCAAGGCACUCUCAUUGACCUUGCCGAGCUGGAUGCGCCGAGCAGCUUGUCCCCAGUGCUGGCCCCUGUACCCCGCCCCUCGGGCAUCCCUAUCCUCCCUCCGCCCCCCCAGGCCUUGGGACCCGGGCGCAGCCACUCGUCCAGCCAGGCUGAGGCCCCGCCGGGACCCAGCAGCACAGGCCGCACCCUCAGCCUGCUGGACGAGGAGCUGCUCUGCUUGGGUCUCACCGACCCAGCCCCCUGUGCUCCUCCCAGAGAGUCAGCUGGAAACAGCCAGUGGCCCCUGUUCCAGAACGAACAGUCGAACCUGGACUUCUUCAGCCCCAAACCUGGAACUGGUGCCUGUAGCCUCUCAGAUGGGCCUCUCCUGCAGCCCUCAGCAGCCCCCGCAGGCAACUCCCAGGCCCCCGUGGUCCCAGCCAGCGUUCCAGCCCCCCCGGCCGGCUCCUUCUCAUUUUCCACCGGCCUGGCCCCAGCUUCGGCCCCCAAGGCUGAGCCUGCGGCCCCCGGGCACCAUGGUUCAGCUUUGGGCGACAGCACCGUGCGCCAGCUGGACGCCCUUGAUCAGCUUCUAGAAGAGGCCAAAGCGACCUCAGGCCUGGUGAAACCCGUCUCCUCUGGCUUCUUCGCUGGCGCUGCCACCUCCCCUCUGCUGCCCACCAGCACCUCAGCUAGACCUCUCCUCCCCUUCUCCACGGCGCCCGGCAGCCCUCUCUUCCAGCCACCUGCCUUCCAGUCCCAGGGCAGCCCCGUGCAGGGGCCCGAGCUCUCCCUGACCAGUGUCCAUGUCCCCCUGGAGUCUAUCAAGCCUAGCAGCGCCCUUCCUGUGACAGCCUAUGAUAAAAAUGGCUUCCGCAUCCUCUUCCAUUUUGCCAAGGAGUGUCCUCCAGGACGGCCUGACGUGCUGGUGGUGGUGGUGUCCAUGCUGAAUACGGCUCCCUUGCCUAUCAAGAGCAUCGUGCUGCAGGCUGCAGUGCCCAAGUCAAUGAAAGUGAAGUUGCAGCCACCCUCUGGGACAGAACUCUCCCCGUUUAGCCCCAUCCAGCCACCUGCAGCCAUCACCCAGGUCAUGCUGCUGGCCAAUCCACUGAAGGAGAAGGCGAGGCUUCGGUACAGGCUGACCUUCGCCUUGGGGGAGCAGCUGAGCACGGAGGUGGGGGAGGUGGACCAGUUCCCCCCUGUGGAGCAGUGGGGGAGCCUGUGACCCCAGAGGACACUGUCAUCUGCACUUUGGAGCCCAGGCAGGCUGCCCUGAGACGGGAGGCUCUCCAGGUCCAGCCCUUCUUCACGUCCUGACUGCAGUGCUUAAGAGCUUUGAUGUGGAACAGGGGGCCUGGGUAUUGCUUCCAGGAGCCGAGCAGCUGCUGUGAUGAUCUCUCCUCCUCUGGCCCCCUAAAAGGACCUGUUUUUAUCUACCUGUGUGACUUGAAGUGGCCACGUGCAUCAGGGGUGGGGAGUGGCCCCAGACUCUGCACCCCUGCCCUGGGAACAUGGACCCAGGGCUGGAGUAGGUUUUUCCCCUGUGUUGGCGUCCUUUGAUGCCACAGAGGGGGAGGUCUCCAAAGACAGACUCAGGGCCCUCCCUCAAGGACCACGUCCUCACAGCCCCAGAGGUCUCAGCUCCCCGUUGCUGCUCUGUGCUUCCCCUUGGCAGGCUCCUGCUCCCAUCUCCAGGGAGGUGGGCAAAGCCCAAUGGUCCUGAACGGCCCUGGGCCCAGAGUAAGGAGUUGGUAUGCUGCCAGAUCUCCAACCCUGCCCUCCAUGGGCAGCGUCAUCCUGGAGUGGCCACUGGAUAAUGAGUUGUGUGCUUGUCCCUGGUGGUGGCAGGCUGUGUCCUAUGGACAUCGCAGCAGGAUGAGGAACUCAACUCAAGCUAUUAGAAACAGUAGAACUUGGCCUCAUGGCAGCCUAAACUGCAGAUAGGAAGGAAAGAUGGAAGAGAACCAGUGUUUUCCUCCGGAAGCAGGUCCUCAGCACUUUCUGGGAGAAGUGUGCCUCCUGCUACGGGAGCAGGCCAUCCUACUCACUCACUACCUCUUGCUCCGCAUGAAAUAAACUGCUGUCCUGCCCUUCACGCCUCUGAAGGGGAGGACGACUCCCAGCGCCCUGUGUCCUCCUGCUUCAGCCUCCCCUGCCUCCCACCAGAUGGCCUGUGGUGUGGCACGUGACUGAUUGGGAACAGGAGGCCUCAGGGUCAGGCACGUUGCACUAGUUCUAUGUCCAUACCUGCUGCCCAGAAACCCUGUCCCCAGCCGCCCAGGGGCACUGUCAGCAAGAUGUUGGGUCUGGAGGUGGUGAGAUGAGGGGCCUUGCUUGAAUCGAGUCACCAGACCCUACUGCUUCAACAGUGCUCAGCCCAAGCUUCUGCACCCACUGGAUGGAACUGGGCCGGGGACUCUAGGCCUCAUGGGGCAACAGCAGAGUGAGAACCACCAGCUGGGGAAAGAGCGCACAGCUCACCUGAGCUCAGCUGGAUAGGCUCAGAGCCAUCUCUGGGGAAAGGUGGCACAAACCAUGUUCCCUGACCCCUCCCUGCUCCUUGCCAGGCUUCCUCACUCCAUCAACAUAGAGGUCAUCUCCCCUUCCCUCCCACUGUUGGCAAGCAGGUUUCACUGCUUCACUAGGACAGUCAAAAGUGAAUCAAUUUCACUACUUAAGGAAUAAAUCCAAGAGCUUUCCAGAGACGGGCUGCUGCAGCCCUGGGAAGGUCUGUGGGACUACAACAUGGAAAUGUACCUUUAUAAGCUUCAGACUUUAAAAUUAUUUAUGAGUGUUACUUGUUACUAUUGAGGUCACUGCUUCGUGACAAAAAACUCUACUGGAUAUAUCAACUGCUGCCCUUGUUCUGCUGCAUGUCAAAUAAACCAUUUUCACCCCAUUUGGAAUCCUCCUAAUACAGACACCAAUCGCCCCAGUGUGGGGGAAGGUGCCACUUACGAAUUCCAAAUGUAGACAGGUGGAUAUGCUGGCAUCACCUGAGGGCUGCUGCUGAAAGGUAAGGUUCCUAGACCGUUUUCUUUUUUAAAGAAGAUAACUGGAAAGUUAACAGAUGAUUGUGAGGUGAAGCCAAAUUUCAGAAGCACAAGUAAACCACUGAAUGCUCUUGUUCAAGUUUCUGCUUUCAAGCAGGAGGGCACUGCACUCACCGUAACUUCUGGGGGUGGCUUUUUCUCGAAGACAGCUACCUCAGGUUUACAGUGGUGGUAGAUAAAAACUCCCUAGAUGUAAGAACUGUAAGUUCUAUAAGAACUUGCCUUCUAUUUGCAAAAGAAAACAUUUAUUCUUCUAAAAACGUAUAUACAUUGCCUUACAAAGAUAACAUGUUGGAGCUGGCCUCAGGAACCUUCCAAUGAGCCUUCUUUUAUGAUUGACCGGGCAAGAUUCCGUGCAAGAGCAAGUCUCAGCAUUUCCACCUUGGUGGUCUCUACGUCAUCAUCCUAAAAGCAAAGAGCCUGCAUGAGGCACAGCAGGAAGUUUACCUUCUUUAUAGUUCCCAAGACUCUCUAAUCCAAAGGUAGAUAAAAGGCAUACAACAUUCAGUAGUAUCUUCCAGCAAGUUCUCAAUAUUAAAAGAUGGAGCUGCAUGCAAAGGACCACUGUGACUGACUGACAGGAAAGAAAAAACAGACGAGAACACUAGAAUCACCCCAUUUUCUCCUAAAAUAAGUUGGCGUGUCACAGUUACAGGUUAAGAGGUAUCUUAAGAGGCAUGUGAGUUUGUAAGGGGCCAACAUCUCGGGGUGGGGGUACACCUGAGCUAGAAGGAGCCUUUUCUCAUCUCCAUUGUGGUACCAACAAACUGGAAAAGCUCAACUGACCUGGAGUUGCUGGGCAUCAGGCUCUCCACGCACUGGUCUUCGUGAGGUCAAGUCCUCCAGACAUCUCAUCAGCUCGUAUGUUUGCUCUGCUGAAAAAAUCACCUAGGGGAGAGACGCUGCUUAGCUUAGCUGCUCCCCAGCCAAAGCCUGCAGUGGUUUGGGCACGGGCUCAAGCCGAGACAGCCUUUCUCGUAUCUCACUUGGAGAAGUGUGCUUUCUGUAUGCAACCCUGGGAGGGUAGAGCAGCCCCCCAUUCUCACUCCCAGCUCUUGUCAGGGUCCUGGGCUGAGCACUGUCAGUAGACAGAUGCCACAUUUCAAAUUAAGUAGUUUUUCUUGUGUAGCUAUGGAUAUCCAGAGUGGGCGCUAUAGGGGAAUACACGCAUGCAUGCGCACACGCACAGAAGAUCACUGUGGACUCAACCUGUACCUGUUUCUGUUCCAAAAGGGGCAAGGCAUCUGUUAGUAGUGUCAUCCAGAAAGUACGGGGGGCAAUCUGGGACGUCAUCAACGACAGGAGAAGAGAAGCAGCAUCAACGAAACGCUUCUCCCCAUAUAACCGGUGGAACUCGCGGUACUUUCCUGUUGAGAGCAGAGCACACUAAGUCACCUCUGACCCUAAACAAAAGAGACCCCAGGCCAGCCUUUCCACAGAGCAAGGAAACUCUUCCAGAGUGGCCUCCAAGCUCACGGGCCAACAAGACCAAAAGGAUUCAAAAUACACGCUUAAAAGGGGUUCCAGGGCUUCCCUGGUGGUGCAGUGGUUGCGAGUCCACCUGCCGAUGCAGGGGACAUGGGUUCGUGCCCCGGUCUGGGAAGAUCCCACGUGCCGCGGAGCGGCUGGGCCCGUGAGCCAUGGCCGCUGAGCCUGUGCGUCCGGAGCCUGUGCUCCGCAAUGGGAGAGGCCACAACAGCGAGAGGCCCGCGUACUGCAAAAAAAAAAGGGGUUCCAGAGAGCCAAACCUGGGAGAAUAUAAGCAUCAAUAUAAACAAGAGUCAUGAAUUAUAUAACAGAUUGAAUAAAAUAACCCAUAAGGCCAUUACUGAUGUAAAUGAAAGAAUAAACGGGGACGAAGAGGAAGCCUGCCAUACAGUGGAAUGCCAACUAUGAAACACAAGGACUGGCAGGUGAGAAAAUCACCGGUAGUUACUAAAACUAGUGGGUCAAAGUUUGAUGAGAAACAAGACAUUUAAAUAAUCCCAAAGUAUCCCUCCACGAAUUGUUAAAGGGAAAAUCUUUACACGUGACCAAGGUGAACUCCACCAAUAAGGGGACGACACUGAGGAGGACACAUCACCUCAGUGGAAUUCCUGCCCAAAUAUACAAUCUGAGGCUGCUCAUGGAUAAUCCCCAAGUGAGAACAUUCUACAAGAGAGCUGCACUGACUCUUCAAAAAUGUCAAGAUUAAGGAAGCACCAAGAAAGGCAGAGGCACUAACGAGCCAUGAAAACUAAAUGCAUGAACCGAGACAAAGUGAAGGACAUUACUGGGACAACUGAUGGAAUCAGAUACGGAUUAGAUGAGAGUAUUAUAUCAACGUUGAGCCUCCUGAUUUUCAUAACUGGUUAUAUAAGAGAAUGUUCUUAUUCUUAACAAAUACGUGCUCAGGUAUUUAUGGAGAAAGUCUCCAUAUAAAUCUCCAACUUAUUUUCCGACUGUUCCCCAACAACCUGAUUGAGAGAAUAAAACAAAUGAGGCAAAGUAUACAUAACUGUGAAUCUGGAUAAAGUGCGUGUGGGAGUUCCUUAUUCUUUACACUACUUUCACAACUUCUAAGCUUGAAAUUACCAGAAAAUAAAACGUUACCAAGAAAUAUCCUUUGCAGAGACUGGCACACAGGGUUCUAUGUGUUUUAGACUGGAGAAGCCUAGAACAGUCCCUCCAAUCUCCAUAACUGUCCACCUGUGCUGAAGGUCCAGGGGACAGAGCCCAGAGAGACUCACCCAGGAACGUCAGUCGAUCACUGAGCAUCAUGGCUGGCCCCAGGUUGUCAAUGAGAUCCAAAUCAGAAAAGCAGCCUCGCUCACAGUAAUCCCUGAGGAACCUACAAGGCCCGGCCCAGAGGUCAGAGCAGCAGUCCCAGGCCCACCUCCUCAGCCUCCCAACUGCCCAGGCAGUACCCAGGAAGCACACACAGACUGAGCCCACCUGUCUGAGACGAGCGUGGCGAAGGCGGCAUCUUUGGCUCGAAUGCUCCAAGAGAGGGCGGAGCCCAGGCGAUUGUUGCGGACAGCUUUCAUGGCCAAGAUCUUACAAAUGCUGCGAACUUUGCAGGGAAAACAGUAAAGAUGAAACUUUCACCCUACAAAUCACUCCAUUCCUGAACCUGCUGGGAUAGGAGCAGCUUCCCAGCUCCUCUGAGCUUUACACGGCUUCUCUGUGGGCUGCAAAUACAGUCUGGCCUGCAGAACUAGGAACUUCGAGGUUUAUAAAUUGUCUCCUGGCAGGACUGGCUUUGUGAGUGGGUUUCAUUUCAGGGGUGGUAAAAAUCUUUGUAUUGCUCCCCACAGGUCAGCGCCUCCAUUAUCUGUCCGCAUGCUGAAAAUGCUACCAUCCUUUGGGUCUUGAAUGCUAUAUGCUUUCAGAGACGGUCAUAAACAUGCAAUGCCUCUGGGAAGAACAACAACUUAGGUUUUUAUCAUUUGACGCUGAGGGGGAGGAGAAGGGGCCACCAUCAGCAUCGUUCCCUCCCUGUGCUCUCCCUGAGCCACCUCCGGUCCUGCUUCCCCACCCAGCCAGCCUUAGCCAGCAACAGCAACCCACCUGGGACAAGUCACCUCGCACCUGCCCCAGCCUGACCUCUGGCGAAUGCAUGAAAGAGUGGAUCAGGACCUUUAUAACCAGGCAAUGGGCUCGACUGCUUCUAGGUGCCAACGGAUCCCUAGCUCUUUGUCCCUCCGCAAUGACUUUCCUGUGUUUUGGUUUACCUCCUGGCACCCAGUGCCCAGACGCUCUCCAGGCUGGCUCACACGGCAUGAGCAUAGAGGGUACGCUGGGAGGACAGCCAACUCACCUUGCUCAGUCAUCUGCCGCUGCUCGCAAACCCGCAGCACCUUGAGGGCUUUCUGCUCUGUGCUCAGAGGGAUCCGCUCAAUAUGCAGCUCCAAGGAAACUCGGCCCAGCUCAGGGCAGUAGUCAAAGUAAUCCACCCCCAGCUGCCACAGGCUGCACAGGUCCAAGGAGGACAGACGUGAGGGCCUGGGGCUUGGGAGUUAGCACCCAAGGCGGCUCCUCCCCCGGACCUUGUAGCCUUCAGGGAACCAGACGGGAGAGAACACAGUCCAAGCUCCACUGGCAGCAGCCGCCUGCUGAAGAGCACCCCGCUGCCACCCCACCCCCUUGGGGCCGUCCUACCUGUGAUGAGCAAAGAGUCCUGAGGCGUAUUCCAGCAAGAGGAACUCUCUCAUGUUGGAUCCAAAGCUGGAAUAAAGCAUAACAUGGGACCAGGACUCUGGGCCUGCUCUAUUCAGGGCCCCCUUCGGCAGCCCAGCCUCCCUUCUAGGCACUCGGUUCAACCCACCCUCAAGAGCCUGGAUGGCGGCAAGAAGAGGGUUGGCAUGGCCAUGGCGUACUUACUAGAGGUUGUGCGACUGGAGGAGUUUGCAGUGAUCCAGCAGGUCUGUCAGAUGGGCCACAAACCACCAGUUGCUCAGGGCGAUGCUACAGGUUCAGACACAAGGCCAGAUUCAAAGUCAGGAUGAGAGGGCAUGGCCCACACGAGUGGAGCAUAAGCAGGAACCCCACAUGUCUUUUGCUUAAAAAGGAUGGCAGGGACAGAGGCAAGCUGGAAUCUGUCUGGAAGCACAGACUGAGAAGUUUCUGCCCACUAGGUGGGGACUAGUAACAGACACUGAGAAGGACAUUCAACCCCCAAAGCAGCAGCCGAUGAUACAUUUCAAUGGAGAACGUCACACAGAAAAUGAAAAAACAUCCAGGAACCCAAUUAGAUAUAGGAAUUGCGGACACAGAAUAACAUAUAAGAAAAGGACUGAAAGGGACUUCCCUGGCGGUCCAGUGGUUAAGACUCCGCACUUCCAAAGCAGGGGGCACGGGUUCAAUCCCUGGUCGGGGAACUAUGAUCCGCAUGCCAUGCCACGCGGCCGGUGGUGGGGGAAAGAAUAAAAAAAUAGAAAAGGACUGAAAGAUUGGUGGGUUUUGAUUCUUAAUGAAACAUGGAAUUCAAAAGAACAUUUUCUUUUGUACUGGAAUUUGCUGUUAAUUUUUCUGUUUCAUAGUUUUGAUUAGUGCACUUUAUGAACACAACUAUAUAUAUUAGGAUGUCACUUAAAAAACCAUCUUGUGUUAUCUAUUAACUUUGUUAUCUAUUACUACUUUGUAUAAAGAAAUUAUUUUUUGUUCGGUUACAUGAUUUGUAAUUUGAUUUUAUUGGAUAUAUAAUCUGACACAUAAUGGAAAGUCAGAAGUCCUUCCCCAAACCACAUUUUAAUCGAAACCUAGAAUCAUCUGUAGCCCUUGUUAGAAAUGACAUUUCCUAAGGCCCUCUGAAGGUCUGAUUAAAUUUUUU